AUGGCUGGCCUAAACAUGAUAACUUAUACUGAAUUUGAGAUCUCGCGCCCCCGCAAAAAGGCUAGGAGAUCCUGCUUGUAUUGUCAAAAGGCACAUAAAACAUGCGGAAAUGAGCGGCCUUGUGGACAAUGCACGAAGCGCAAAAGGCCAGGGCAAUGUGUCGAUGGAAAUCGCAAACCGCCUAAAUAUCUCGAGGAAGAGCGCAGGAAGAAAAAGGCCGCGACUGAUUCCUAUCGUGGUGUUACUUCUUUGCAAAGACAGGAUCAACAAGAGAAUAUUCCAAAUACCAUAAGUCAUGACAGCAAGGUCACUGAACAAGAACCCUUCUAUGAGGGACAAAUGCGAGACCACAGAAGAGACUCCCUCGAGGAAGUCUUUGAUGAACUCAUUGAUCCAAAUUUUUUCUACAAAGGAAAUGAGAAUUUCAUCCCCCUCUUCUCACAUGCAGGAUGCUCGCCCUCAUCAGUGACAUCUUCCAGCGAAUCUGAAGAUAGUGAAUUAGGGACAUCAUAUAAUGUUCCACAGAGCGACUUCGAAGCCAGCUUGGUGAAGCAGCAUAAUUAUGCAACAGACGAACCAUACGCCGGAUUUGCUAUCAGCAGUGGUUGGUCAAGCACAUUCUUUCCUGACGGGAUAGAAGAACAACCCCACGGCUGGUGA